CCGCUCUCAGCAACUCUGGUCGCCGAGUUAAACUCGAUCUUUUUGCGGAACCCUCUGGAGAGUUGGGUGGCUCCACUCUACAUGGUGAUGCUGGAGGAGAUACUGAUUCUCAACAUCGUGAUGGGUUACCCAAUUCACCCUCGUCUUCAGGUGGGUUCUGUCAGUUUUCUCAAAAGGACUAUAUUUAGAGGACAUGAGUGCUCAACAUUAAAUUGGUGGAAAUAUGGAUCUAUAUAUACAAGACAUGUUUUGUUGUUUGCCCCAAGAAACUGUUCGCAGACUGUAGGGCUGCUGUGUGGUCUUGGGAAUAUUCAUUUCAGAUGAGGUCGGCCCUGCCACUUUGAAAUAUGAAUGACUCGUAAUCUCGUUUUCCCCCCUUUGGCUGCAUCAAGGGAUUACUGAGGUUCAGACGGUAAAAAGUUUUAUCGGUCAACAAGAACCGCAAAAUCCCUUGCUGCUACUUGGACAAUAUAGUGAUGAUGAAGGGGACGACAGAUCAAGCAAAAGGCUUAAUGAUGCGAAUUUGCAAAGCCCUGUGCUCAAUGAAGAGGGUAAGGGUGACCUUGAUGAAGGCUCCAAAGAUGUGAAUAUCAGCGUCUCUGCAGAUCUUGUUCCUCAAAAUAACGAACAGCAAAAUGCAAUGCCAAAUUCUGCUUCAGUUGAUGCUGGAUCCUGUGAAAGAAAUGAAAGUCACGGUGUUACUGGAAAUUUGGAAAAUGGAAUGGUUUCCAAAGAUCAAAUAUGUGUCUCUGAAAGUUUUGAUGAAAGAGUUGUCACUGAUGUUGGUAUGGGGUGGAAGAUCGUGAUGCAUGAGGAAAGCCAAAGCUAUUACUACUGGAACACUGAAACCGGUGAAACUUCAUGGGAAGUGCCCCAGGUCUUGGCUCCUGCAGAUCAGAUGGCUAAUGACUUGAUACCUCAUGCUUCUGUUAAUGAUAAAACGGAGGGUGCUGCUGUUGGUGAUAGUUCCAGUGUGCUCUCAACUGUUAGGCUGGACACUUCUGCUGCUUUCACUGCUGACACUUCUUUGGAUGCUACAAGGACUUCUCAUAAAGAGUUGUAUGGUCAUGGGUCCCAAAUGAAUGAAGGUAGUGUUGAAUGUAGAAGUCAAAAUCAGGGUUCUGAUGUUAUUGGUAAUGAAUUGACAAGAGAUGACGGUCAUAUGAGUAUAUUAGAAGGUGAACAUCAGUCAUCUGUUUCCAAGUUUAGUGUUGAAGAACAGCAAGUGGACAUUGAUCUUCCUUCUCGUCUUGUGAGUCAGUGUGAGAGUUUGUUAGAGAGGCUGGAAUCACUGAAAAAGUCAAAGGAAAAUCUGCAAGGCCAGGAAUUCCUGUCAAAGUACAUGCUAGAGAUCGAGAUUAGGCUCUCUGAUAUUAGGUUUCUUGCUUCACACGGAUCAUCUUUGCUUCCUUUCUGGGUGCAUUCUGACAGAAAGAUAAAAUUGCUUGAAAGUUUAAUCAACGAUGAUUUGCUUGAAACUGGUAAAUCUUCACAUGAUGAAGUUGAGGAUAAAGAUGUCCUUGUCUCUGAAGAAUUGGGGGACCAACUGAAUGCUAUGGAACAUGAGUCUGAGGUAGAUCAAAGUAAGAGCAAAGGGAGCCUUCUUACUUCUGAAGCUUGUAAUGGAUCUCAGGUUGAUGGUUCAGCUGUAGUUGUAAAAGAUAUCAACAAUAAUUUUUUUACCGAUGGCCAGCAUGGUCCAUCGUCUAGUUCUCCUGGUAGUCAUAUGGAAACAUGUGUAGAGAUUAAUUCAAAAGUUGAAGCAGUUAUAGAUCCUCAGGAACCAAUUCAUAAACAUGGGUAUGUAUCCGGUGAGGAUGUUGAUAUGGAUGUUGAUAUGGAAGUCGAAGAUAUGAAUUCCUCAGACAAUACUACUGUCAUGGAUGUGCCUGUUGCAAAGGAUUCUGUGCACAUAGAUCAAGUGGUUCAGUUGAAUCCUCCUAUUGACUACCAUUCUGUGUUGCUUGAGGAGGGUGAGUUUGUUGUUCCUCCCCCACCAGAUGAUGAAUGGAUUCCUCCUCCACCCCCUGAUAAUGAGCAUGUGCCUCCACCACCACCACCAGAUAGUGAUCAGGUGCCUCCUCCACCUGGUGAUCCGCUACCACCAUCUUAUAGUAUUCUACCUUCUUAUGCUGAGACAGGGCAGCCCCUUUCCUAUGCCCAAUAUACUCUAUCUUAUCCUGGUGUUGCUGUUGAAUAUUAUGGUCAGACAGCUGCUGAAGUGCCAAGCAGUAAUAUAUAUGGACAAAUUGCUAUGCCCCCUGCACAGAUUUACUAUAAUAGCACGAUUCCUAACAUGUAUAGUGAAAAUCCUCAAGUUAUGAUCAAUCCAACUGACACUGGUGCUUAUUAUGAUGUUCAAGAUGGAGCUGGUUCAAAGCCCAUACCUGCUAUCAAUAUUAACGGUUCUGGUAUUGGUGGGGCCAACUGGGUAUCUAGUGAUGUCCCGUCCACCUCAUCUAGUAUCCAGGCACCUGCAACUGUUUCAGUUGAUGAAGGUGUCUCAUUACCUCCGGCUUCUUCUGAAACAACUGCAGAAAAUAAUGCCUCAUCAGUAGUUUCUAAAGCCCAAUCUAAAGUUGCUCGCACUAGGAAGCGAGCGGUUGCAGUUGGAUCCUCGUUAAAGUCUAAUAAGAAGGUUUCAAGUUUGGUAGACAAGUGGAAGGCAGCUAAAGAGGAGAUGCUUGAAGAAGAGGACGAACCUGAUAGUGUGUAUGAGGCCUUAGAAAGAAAGCGCCAAAGGGAAAUAGAGGAGUGGCAUGCCAAGCAAAUUGCAAGUGGAGAGGCCAAAGAUAAUGCUAAUUUUCAGCCUCUUGGUGGUGAUUGGCGAGAGAAGGUCAAACGCAAGAGAGCACAAGCAGCAAAAGAAUCUGGUAGCAAACAGCAAGAUGCUAUUAAGCAGAACCAACAACAGUCAGAUCUGACGGAACUCGCCAAGGGUCUCCCAAGUAAUUGGCAGGCUUAUUGGGACGAUAGUACAAAACAGAUUUAUUAUGGUAACACCAUCACCUCGGAGACAACAUGGACUAGGCCGACAAGAUGAGCUAACAAAGGAUUUUAAUGCUUAGAACUUUUUGUUUCUCUUUUCCUCGUAUUGUGUUAGUAGGCUUUAAUUAGUGUCUGGGGGGCAUGCUAGAAAACCAAGAUAUUUGAUUUAUUCCUGACCUUUAUAUGUAUGCGAAAGCGCAUUUCUAAAUAGCAGCGCACUUUUUUUGUUUGAAAA